CAAUGCAACACGCCACGAACAGGAUUCGCCAGGUGUGUACGGGCCCUCGAACACGCGCCGAGCGUGCGCCGCGCACGCCACGAACCGCGCGCCGCGAACCGCCAGCUGUCGGUUUUUUCGACGAACACAAAGGGAUUCGGCGCGCCAGUGUGGACGUGUUUGCAGCUCGCAGCGCACACGCAGCGAACAUGGAGUGGAGCGAAGAAGAUAUGUUGGGCUUGAUUGAAGUGUAUAGAACACAUCCUGUGCUUUGGGACCCAAGUAAUAGAGACUACUACAAAAAAGCUAAAAAAAUGGAUGCGUGGAGAGACAUAGCUGUUACAGUCGGGCAGUUAGAAGAUGAAUGCAGGAAAAAAAUGAUUAGUUUGCUGUCGUCGUACAGAAGGGAGAAGUCAAAAGAAAAAAACACAAUAGGGACUGGUAAAGGUACUUCCGAAGUGUAUACCAGCCGAUGGUUCGCCUACGAGUCGUUAAAAUUUCUGGAAGGCAGAGAUAAGCCACGGCCAACAAUGAACACGGAGCCGGUGAUCAUUGAAGGAAACCACGUCCAUCAAGAACUGAAUGUGCAAAAUGAAGACCAAGAAUUUCUUUCUCCAAGUGCACCUAAGCGAGCAAAAGGAAGGCAACAGGGUGAUGGAACUGCACUGCUAGCGGAUGCUGUUAGCAUUCUACAAGCUACUGCUGGAAAAUUCAACAUGUCUCCUGAACAGAGCGAGAUUAAAACAUUUUGCGCAUAUUUAUCUUCCAAAAUGGCGACAUUUUCUUCAGCUACAAGAUUGGGGGUUCAGCACGCUGUUUAUGACAUUUUGAUGAAAGCAGAUCGAGGUUUGUUUGAAAUACCUACAUACAACUAUGGUCAAGGUCAACUAUUUCAUUCCAAUGCACCUGAAAACUAUUCUACUCGCAUGUAUAUGCAACAGCCAGCUUCCCACUCAUCAACUUCAUCAGUUUAUCUUCCUGCUCAACAACAACAACAACAACAACAACAACAACAACCCUUUGAGCCAAAUCUGUCGCAGUCUUCUCCAGCUGGUCGGUCCCCGACACAAAUGACUCCACAUGCACAAGUUACUAUGCUACCUAGUGCCUCGGCUACAAGUAUACAAACAAAUUCAAGUCACACCAUUUCACCGCUGGCGUCAAUGCAAAGUCCUUUAUCGCAUUCAUCUCAGUGUUCUGAUGAUUUUAAUGACUGUGUGUAAAUUGCAUCACAAUUUUUGUGUUAAUUUAUUUAUUUGUUUAUGUGAACUACUCUGAUUUAAUUUGAAUUUAAAGAGUUCAUUUAUUUAAUUUUUCUUUCUUACAUCAUUUGAGUACUGUAUUUUUGAAAAUAUCGUUUUAUAAAUAAAAACUUAAGCAAUAAGAACGUUUAUUUGUUCUAACGUUCAACUUACCUUGAUAUUUUCUUUCAACACUUCAAUUAACGCUGAGCAGACUUCUGUUACUAUUCCUCCUAUAGCCUGCUUUGAAAUUCUGAACAGAUAUUGCAGACUUGAGUACGAGUCUCCUGUCGCUAGAAACCGCAAUGUCACGGCUAACCUGGAACAUUAAAAUUGAAAACCUGUGUACUUAAACAUAUUGAACAUUAACACUUUUAAUAAUGCUGACAGGGAAAUUGCUGUCAGGCAUUAGUACAAAUUGUAAACAAUUCAUAGGCUACUUACCGAUCUUGAAU